AUGGCGCGAUCAAUUCACUACGCGGCCAAAAACCAAUCGGCAGUAGCCGCAGAAAUGAUGAAAAUUCUCCUGGACAAAGGCUGCGAUCCUAAUGCGACAAGUACUUUGGGUGUCACUCCUGUUCACAUGGCAGCCGAGAAUAAAGCGACGUCGGGGUUGAGCAUUUUGAAACUGUUAUACGAAAAUGGCGCCAAUUUGAACGUGGCUGAUGACGGGGGAACCACCGCUGUCCAUCUUGCAGCUCAGAAUCCUUCGUGGUGGAAAGCAGACAUUCUUCGGUUCCUACUCGACCACGGCGGAAAUCCCAACGCUGUGACCAACUAUCGACAUGCUGCUGAUUUAGGCUGUCGGCGAGAUGAACUGAAAUUGCCACCCGUUGCUGGUAAAAGAAAAAGGACGCCUGUUCAUUAUGCAGCCGAAAACGAUUGGCCCGCAAUUUCUAAACUGAAAGUCCUGAACCUUCUUCUCGAAAGAGGAGGAGAUCCCAACCUGGAAGACGAACGGAAGAGAACGCCGGUCCAUUUUGCCGUUCAAAAUCCAAUCAACGGAUAUAGGAUUGUAAAAGUACUUUUGAGAAACCGAGGAAAUCCUAACGCCGUUGACGACCAGAUGAUGACACCCGUCCAUUUUGCAGCCAUGGCAGCUCAUACCCACAAGAGAGUCGACAGGAUGAAACUGCUCCUGCAAUAUGGCGGAGAUCCGAACGCGGUUGAUUCUUCCGGGCGCACCCCUGUCCACUAUGCGGCCAUGAGUGAAUCGAACGAUGCGCCGCAAAUGAUUGAAUUACUUUUAGCGAAUAAAGGAAAUCCGAACGCCGUUGAAAAUUCAAGACUCACCCCAGUUCACUGCUGUUUAAUCAAGAAUCCAUCGGCAAGGGUGGCCGAGAAAAUACUGGAAUUAUUGUUGAAACACGGAGGCGAUCCUGAGGCUCCUGACAAUGAAGGAAAAACGCCAAUUGAUUUAUUAGCAGCCAAAGGACAAUCGGCAGAAAUGCAAAACAUGUGGAAUAUUCUCAAACUAAACCAACGACACUAA